CGUUAACAUCAAGAUUUGUAAAAUGAGUGUUUAUUAUUUUUCUGUUUUUGUUUUGCUACCAAUUGUUAGUCCUCAAGAUCUGGAAGAAAUGAGUAGUUUGGGACCAGCUAAUACUUUGAAAAUUGGUGAAAGUUGUCUUAGAGAUUAUCAGUGUAUUAAAAAUGCGUUUUGCCGGUCACAAAGGACUUGUAUGUGCGAUCCGCCAUAUACACCGAAUAUUGAGGGUACUGUUUGUCAUGCAGCUGCAGGAACAAACUGUGGUCCACAAAUUGAAGAUUGUUCCACAAUGUCAAAUUCUGAAUGCAUCCAAGGUGUCUGCGCUUGCAGAGAUAAUUAUUUUCUCGACAUCAAUAACUCUUCAAACUGUAUAAUAAGGCCAUCGCGGGUCGACGAUGCUUGUCAGCGCACAGACGAAUGUGCAGACGCAUUAGACGGUGCAUUGUGCGUCAACAAUAAAUGCAAAUGCUACGGCAAUUUCAUAUUUGUAAAUCAGACUGGAAAAUGUAUCCAAGCUGUCGGAAUUUUCAUGCCGUGUAAACACAAUUAUCAGUGUUAUGAAAAAGAUAAACCUGAUGGACUCAUUUGUACUGACGGAGAAUGUGCUUACAAACAUAAUGGAGGGACAUCGAAUUUUCCUGUAUGUUUUUUAACCGGCGCUCUAGCUUCUUCUCUUUAUUUUUUUACGAAUUGA